GAGUUUGGCAUUUCCUCUGAGCUCACACACUGUGAGACCGCUCUCUCGUUUCACACAGCGCUUGUGACAAAAGGGGGGAUUUUCAAACAUCCUGAACGAGAGGAUUGCUCUUGCCCUCGGCACACGCCGCAUCGCCAAAGAAACUUUACGUUCCACAGCAAGCAGGGUUUUAGUUUUUGUGUGACAGGGAAGAGAAAACAUCAGCUUGGAUUUGUUUUUUUAACAGCUGGAAGAGAAGUUCAGCAUGGGCUAGCAGCAAUUUUUCUCAUAGAGCUGGAGCGAACUACACAAAAAGGUGGAGGAGGAUGAGUGUUUACACUGUCAACCUCAGGUUAUUUUGGCCGCUGGCCACUUGUAUCGUUUCGGUUCUGCUGCUGCUGCACCAAAUAAUCUUUAAAGCUUCUGAGGACCAAGGGAAAGAUUGCUCUGACCAAGGACCGGGAGUUAUCACACUGUUUAAGUACAUUUUAGCUUUUAUCUUAUGUUACUUCUUCAUUAGGUACUGCUCAACUCAGCCUAGAUCUUCAAAGAGGUGUUUCUACAAAUUUCCUGAGGUACAUGGAAAAUCUGGAGUCUCCAGGAGGGAGCUGCUGGACGAUCACUUUGAGAGGCAUGUGCGUCUCUCUCCCCAUGUGUUGGGCCACAGCAAAGCUCAUGUUGCCAAGUUGGUGAGUGAACUUGUGAGGGUGGGACGCACCGACGUCCCACCCGAGUCUUCUCUGGCUUUCCGAGGUGACUUUAUACAGAUUGGCAGCUCAUAUGAGGAGCACAAGGUCGGCUCACCUGACUGCUUUGACAUCCUGGUGCCUCUGCGGACCCCUCGGGGGCUUAAACUUGAGGCUGGGGUUUGGGCGGACAAACGUGGGGGGCCGCCGUUGUGUACGCUGAACACCCCUCGCAAGGGGGAGUGGACAAGACGUCACAAAGCCUUUACCGACACAUUCAUGCACCUACAUGGUGCUCAAAGUGCUUAUAGGAUGAGUCCAGACUCCAUCCAGCGCUGGUUUUACACAGCCACCCAGCGCUGCCUCGCUGCCGUACGUUAUCCGUUUGAGCAGCGCUGCUCCCUCAGCCUAUCUCUCGGUGAGGAGCAGCAGGUGUUGCUGCGAAUGAUGCCCCGCUCUGAUUACGUCUGCUGCCACAUCUCCAUGGGCAUACGACUGAUCCCAGCUUUUCCUCUCGGUGAUGGGGCCUUCUUGGUUGCAUCCCAGCAGGCUCAGCAAGGAGAGGACCUCUGGACGGUGUAUUUUCCGAAGCAGGAGCAGAAACUUCUAGCAUGGCUAAAGGGAAGGUUGCCCUCAAACUCUUGUCAUCUGAAGUGCCUUCAACUACUUAAGGAGGUUAGGAACCUUGGUGGGGAGACGCUAGACCAGCAAUCUAGAGCUGAAUGGGGCAGGGUGCUUUCUUCCAAUGCUCUUAAGACUUCUUGGCUUCGUCUCCUGUUCAGUACACCACCUGAGGCCUGGGAAGAGUGCAACCUUGUGGACAGACUAGAUGAUCUUCUUCGCAGUCUAAAGGAAAGCUUACAGUCACGGGCUCUCUGCCAUUUACUCCUCGGGGGAGAUAAUGGGCUCUUGCCAGAGUCAGUUAAUCUGCCUAAACUCAUAAAGGAGACGGUACCCUCUAAUUUGUGGGCAGAAUUCAGUGAUGUAACCCUUGAUAUGGUCUUCGCCCGACUGGUCUACUCUUGGAACCACCUCCCUCGUCUAAUUCGUCUUGGGCGGCCACAGAGGUCCAGCCUGGGCAGAGGUGUUCACUGCAAAUAUAUAGAUGUAGAGUAAAGGUCAACUAUAAAUGGUAUUGCUUAACACACACCUAUGAAUUGCUACACAUUAUGUGGCCUUAAAUAAUAUCAGCUAUUUUUGAGCACUUGUCAUUGUGUGGAUUUUUUAUAUCUCCAUUUUGCAUCCAGCUGUUUAUGAGUUCAAAUUAAAAAUGAAUUUUCUCUGCAGAGGUGUAGCAUUAAAGGCAGGGUGCACAAUUUUUGAAAAACAUUUUUGAAGAGUACAAAAACACACUUGUAGCCAAUCAGCAGUAAGGGGCAUGUCUACUAACCGACAUCGUUGCCUGGGUUGCGUAUGUGUGGGGUGGGUCUAUCAAAAGAUGGUCCAGAUUCUGUUGGGGUAGGGGCGUGUUUGUUUAGAUGAUUUCGGUAACGCUUUAGAUUACACCCCGGAAAGUACUGCGUAAGUACAGCGAAUUUACAGCGUAUGUUUCUGUAAUUAUAGUUUACUUAUAAAGUACGUACGUGUAAUUAUAAGGGAACAAUUUAUAAUAUUUGGGGAAUAAAGGAGUAACAACCAGGAAAAAUACAAAUAAUAUAUGCAGUAAAGUACUGCAUAAGUACAGCGAAUUUACAGCGUAUGUUUCUGUAAUUAUAGUAAACUUAUGAAGUACGUACGUGUAAUUAUAAGGGAACAAUUUAUAAUAUUUGGGGAACAAAGGGAUAACAACCAGGAAAAAUACAAAUAAUAUAUGCAGUAAGUAUUUUAGAUUACUAAACAACAAAACUUGAAAUUCAGUUAAUGUGUUUAUGCUAUACAAUACAAUUUAUUUAGAAUUUUCAAUAAAGGUUACUUACCUUAAGAAAGAAAGAGAGUACAAGGAUUUGUUGGGUCAUCAAUCAAAAUUAAAAAAUAGGCAAGGCAACUGUGGUGAAAACAAAGCAAGCAAAACUAGAA